CUGCGUGGCGGGGUCGGCUUCUUGCCGACAUGAUUGCGUCGGGAAUUGUCUUGGGUCUGGUGCUGCGGUUACUCCUGCAGGCCCACGUAAGUGCAGAUGUUGGUUUUCGCUUUGCUUCGUACAUCGAUGACUACAUGGUGCUGCAGAGGGAGCCUGCAGGGGCAGUGAUCUGGGGUUAUGGUGCACCCAGAGCCACAGUGACAGUGACGCUGUGCCGAGACCAGGAACCCAUCAUGAAGAAAGUGACCAGUGUGAAAGGUAAGACAGACUCUAACACCUGGACUGUGGUACUGGAUCCUAUGAAGCCUGGUGGACCUUAUGAAGUGAUGGCACAGCAGAGUCUCGGGAGGAUGAACUUCACUCUGAGAGUUCAUGAUGUCUUGUUUGGAGACGUUUGGCUUUGCAGUGGGCAAAGUAACAUGAAGAUGACAGUUUCACAGGUAUUUAACGCCACAGGUGAACUGUCGAACACGACUGCCUAUCAGUCUGUCCGCAUCCUCUCCGUGUCUUCCACCCAGGCUCAGCAGGAGCUGGAGGACCUCACCAAGGUUGACCUGCGAUGGUCCAAGCCCACCUCGAAAAACUUAGGCCACGGCAACUUCACGUACAUGUCAGCAGUGUGCUGGCUUUUCGGGCGUUUCCUGUAUGACACCCUGCGGUAUCCUGUGGGGCUGCUCUCCUCCUCGUGGAGUGGGACGCCCAUUGAAGCCUGGUCGUCUAGAAGGUCCCUUGAAGCCUGUGGGGUCCCGAAGUCAGGGUCCCUGCCAUCCGACCUUCAAACUGGUCCUAGCGCGCACUCUGUUCUCUGGAACGCCAUGAUCCAUCCACUCCGUAACAUGACGCUGAAGGGGGUAAUAUGGUACCAGGGGGAGUCCAAUGUAAACGUUAACAGAGACCUGUACAAUUGUACAUUCCCUCUGCUCAUUGAUGACUGGCGCCAGACCUUCCACGAUGGCUCCCAGGGGCAGACAGAGCGCCUCUUCCCAUUCGGAUUUGUCCAGUUAUCUUCCUAUUUGUUUGGUGAAGCCCCGAAUGAUGGACUUCCCCAGAUCCGUUGGCAUCAGACAGCCGACUUUGGCUACGUCCCCAACCAAAGGAUGCCCAACACCUUCAUGGCUGUCUCCGUGGAUCUCUGUGAUAGGAACUCACCUUUUGGCAGCAUUCACCCUCGAGAUAAGCAGACGGUGGCCUACAGGCUGCAUUUGGGGGCCCGUGCCUUGGCUUACGGGGAGAAGUUGAUCUUUCAAGGACCACUGCCUCAGAAGAUAGAACUCCUGGCCGACACGGGGCUGCUCAACCUCACAUAUUCCCAGCCAAUCAAGGUGCAGAGGCAUGACGACAAGAUAUUUGAGGUCGCGUGCUGCAGUGACCGCCGGUGCGAGUGGCUUCCAGCUCCCAUGGACACCUUUUCCACCCAGACCCUGGCCCUGAGCAUCACGUCUUGUCAUGACAGCCCCGCUGCUCUUCGGUAUGCCUGGACCCCAUGGCCUUGUGAAUAUAAGCAGUGUCCCCUGUACCACCCCACCAGUACCCUGCCAGCUCCUCCCUUCAUCGCUCCCAUUACAAAACUGGGCCCUGGCUACCACAGCAGGACUGCUAAAUGAUUUCACAGCAGUGUAAACACGUCUUAGACACAAGUGUGGAUCCUUUAGAUUUGGGCAUUUAGGAGUUUAAAUGACAACUACUGAUUUUUAAUGGAAAUUAAUCAAACUGCCUCAUUGAGAGCACCCGGCUAGCACAUGGCUGUUUCCAUAUUCUGAGAUGCCAGGGCUGGUAGGCGAAUGGAACGCUUGCCUUCUGCCCUCAGCCAGGCCAAGUAUCCAUAGUAGACUCAUUACUGACCACAAACAAGUUGAACCCGUGUCAUUCACUUCCUUCAUUAUUUGGAGUGAACAGUCUUUAACACUUCUGUGUUACCUCCAGACAGUGCAAACUCAGGAUUGGAAGAGGUUUCAAGGCUGUGGAGGCGGACUAGCAUUUACGUGUUUGUUUUUUAAUAAAAUCUGACAAGUGGUUAUCAAAUUUCUGUA